UUUUUCCUAUGUGAGCUUUGGAGUGCCUGGUAAUUUUUCUCAUAACUACUUUUGAAAGGUCUUCGUAGGUUUCGUCAAGACGUGACAAGUCGACAACAUUGAAGGAGCGUCCAAUAAAUCUGUCGUGAAAUGUUUAUUUUGUAUAUGCUCAACCGAUUUUCAUCACCUGGCGUUUAUGACUGUUAUUGUAUUCGAUAUAAUUCUAGUUCUACUGUCAUUUGUUAAUACUAUUUCAGAAUAAGAAAAAAACACAUUUAUAAAUAAAGUGAAAAUGGAUUUGAAUGACAUUUCCACAACGAAUCUUACACUGCAGCCAAUAACAAGACCAGAGACUAGUGUGCUUUCAGAACUUUUUGGACUUAUUGCCCUGCAAUAUUUAUAUUCUUCGUACUGCUUCUGUUUCAUAACCAAUGGCAAAAGCGAUUACAGAUUCACAGGAAUAGAAUUCGAUCGACCAUUCAUCAGUAUUGAUUUGGAAAGCGUAACCGUAUCCGUUCAAACGAUGAAUUUAGAACUGGGAUGCCAGGUAUACAUCUUAUCCGAAAAAGCAUCAAUUGGAUUUUUGGACAUCUAUCGACACCUUCAAGACCACACAAACCAACGAUUUCCGAAUAAGGCUUUCAUUGUUGCAAUGGGCGACAACGCAACAUACGAUGAACUGCAGUCCAUUCUCGAUCGUCCAAUCGUUUUUGACAUCCCAAAGCUUUUGAUCUUGAGUCCUUCCGGUGGAAGUGGUGCUGUGGAUUUAUGGACAAAUCAAUUUUCCGGCGCUGGAGGUCAUAGGAAACUACUUUACUUGGAUACGUACUCGUUUGCUGACGGGAGUUUUCAGUACGACGCCGAUCUAUUUCCGGACAAAAUAGCAGAUCUGGAAGGUCGGUUCAUCAGGCUUGCCAUGUUGGAUUACGAACCCUACACAACGUGGACUGAAGUGGACGAUAGAUCCAAGGCCAACGCUUAUGUGGGAGAUGAGAAGAAGCUUUUGGUGGAUGGCACGGAAACACGACUAUUCUUGGAGUUUUGCCGCAUCCAUAACUGUAGCUUGGACAUGUCACGGGAAGACGAAGCCGAGUGGGGAGAGGUUUACGAGAACUUCACGGGAGUUGGGAUCAUGGGUGCCGUUGCGGAACAUCGCGUUGAUGCUGGAUAUGCAGCUAUGUUGGCAUGGUACUACGAUUCCAACACUCCGUCUCAGCCUGUGUCUCGCACGGGGGUUACAUGCAUAACCCCAAAGCAGAAGCUUCUACCUUCAUGGUUGACACCGAUUCUCCCUUUCUCAAAUGUUAUUUGGAGGAUCCUGUUUGCAACUGUUCUAGCAACAUCGAUCGUACUACUUAUUUUCAACUAUGUGACUGUGAGAGUUAUCCUGCAGUCGAGAGACUACGUUGACAUAUGCGAGGUUUUUCUAUCGGUUUGGUCAACGCUGGUACUAUGCUCCUCCAUCCUAAGAAUCGAACAAUACAAACUCACUUCGCAGCUAACGAUCGUCACCAUACUGCUCUUCUCCGGCCUCAUAAUAGGAAACACCUACUGCGGUGGAUUGUCCAGCAUAAUGACCGUCCCUCAGUACGAGAAACCGAUCGAUACUACGGCUCAGCUCGUCGUUCGGAAAAUGAUUUGGGGAGCUUCGCAUGACGCAUGGGUGUACUCCUUGGAAGACACCGAUGAGCCUCUGGUCAUAAAACUGGUAUCCUAUUUCCGGUCCUAUCCCAAAGCCACACUUCACGACCGUGCCAAAAACCCCGACAUGGCGUACGCCAUUGAGCGCUUGACCUAUGGCCACUACGGAAUAUCCGACUACAUAGCGAUGGACGUGGCACAGAACUUUCAGGUUAUGAUCGAAGAUCUGUACUGGGGCCAUUGCGUGAUACAGAUGAAGAAGACGUGGCCCAUGGUGGAACAUCUGAACGUGUUGAUCAUGCGCGUCUUUCAGAGCGGAAUACAACGCUACUGGGAGGAAACGGUCAUGGCGCAGUUUCCGGCAGCGUACACCGUCCAGAAGAUCAUCGCACUGGCUAGGGUGCAUGAUAAUCCGGGAGCAAUCGCACUGCAGGUACACCAUUUGACGGGACCUUUCUUUAUGCUGCUGUUUGGACUAACGGGCGCUUUGUUAAUUUUUAUGGUUGAGAUCACGUGGCAUAACCUGGCCAAUUCUAAAAAGAUACGAAAAAUAAAAUAAAGUGAGAAAUUA